ACUCACGGUCAUCGGCACUGCCCAUACACUCAGUCCACCCUGGCGGGGACCUCACCAAUGACCUCCAUGAAAACAGGGUCCCAGACAAGCCAGUUGGUCUGAAGGCCAUGGCGCUGACUGACCACAUCAGGGUGUGCUGGCAGCCCCCCGCACAGCACAAUGUGAUGCUGUGCGGCUACACCAUUGCCUGGGACCAAGGCGUGGCGGACAUCUACUCCAAGAUCGUGGACAGCAAGCAGCACGGUUACAUCAUUGAUAAGCUGGAACCCAACAUGGAGUUUGUGAUAAGCCUGCGAGCCUUCAACAACGUGGGUGACGGGCAACCGGUGUACCAGCAAGUCCGCACCCAGCCAGAGGAGGAGGAGGUGGUGGCACCCACGCUGGACCCGGCGGUGGGGGUGAAGGCCGUGGUGCUGACGCCCUUCACCGUGGUGCUGCAGUGGGCGGACACCAUGCUGAGCCAGAACCAGUACAACAGCUGCACCACCUUCUCGUCCUCAUCCUCCAGCCGCUACGUCAACGCCACGGAUGUGACCUGCCUCAUUGACAGCCUCAAGCCAUCAACAGUGUGUGAGUUUGCUGUGAAGACCAUCAGGGUGAGACCACAGUGCUGGAAGCCUUCGUUCUUCUUUCAGUAAAUAUUCACUCAGUCCUGCAACACUUCUCAAGGAAAUCCUGCACAGCUGAAUCCUUGCUGUGAUGAGGCACAGAGAAAUUAUGACUCAUAGGGUGAGCUAUUAUUAGUGUUUGAGAUAUUGAUUUUUUCAUUGACCUUUUGCAAAUACUUAAAAAUGAACCUUACAUAAUGGUAUCAGAAAC